AUGAACAUUUUCAGAUUUCUCGGUGAUUUAUCACAUUUGGCUAGUGUCUUCAUUCUAUUAUAUGCCAUUGAGCAAAAUAGAUCCAUCAAUGGAUUAUCAUUAAAAACACAAGCACUUUACGUGGUUGUGUUUGUAACACGAUACUUGAACUUGUUCACCAAAUUUUACUCACUCUAUAACACUUUACUCAAAAUUGUAUUCAUUGCAAGUUCGAUAUACACUGUUUACGUGAUGGUGUACAAAUAUCACAAGUCUAUCACGAAUCAUGUCGAUACAUUCCCCGUCAAGUAUUUACUAGGUGGAUCUGUUUUGGCAAGUUUGAUCUUUACCCACAAGUAUACACCGGGUGAGAUCGUGUGGAGUUUCAGUAUAUGGCUCGAGGCUGUGGCAAUUUUACCACAAUUGUUUAUCUUACAGAGGACAGGAGAGGCGGAAAACAUCACGACGCAUUAUAUCUUUGCCUUGGGGCUUUAUAGAGCAUUGUACAUUCCAAACUGGAUUUACAGGUAUUUUGCUGAAGGACACUUGGACUAUGUCUCCGUGUUGGCUGGCCUUUUGCAAACUGCAAUCUACUCAGAUUUCUUUUACAUUUACUACAAUAAAGUAAUGAAGGGAAAGAAAUUUGAGUUGCCAGUAUAA